AUGGCAGUCUCCGCUGUGAGGGGAGCAAUGGCGCCACAUUCGCGUGCUGGUCAGCCAAUUGCUUUUAUCAGAAAAAUUCCUUGGACUGCAGCGUCGAGUGAGCUGAGACAACAUUUCGCUCAGUUUGGCCAUAUAAAAUGUACUGUACCUUUUGACAGAGAGACUGGCUUUCACAGAGGCAUAGGUUGGGUUCAGUCGUCUUCACAGGAAGAACUUCAGAAUGCACUACAACAGGAAAGUCAUAUUAUUGAUGGAGUAAAGAUCUAUGUUCAAGCUCAGAAACCAAAGGGUUUGCAAGGGGCUCAAACAUCUGAUGAAGAAAAAGAUUUCUGAGAUGAUUAGUGUACUACCCAUUAAAUAAACAUACCUGA